AUGGUCGAUUUACACUCCCUGCCAGCCGGCUCAAGACCCGAAAACGCAAUCCGCAACAAUGGACCCCAUGACCUCGUCUUAGAGCGGUAUAAACUUCGUGAACUCGCCGAAGGAUGGCCUGCAUAUCGUGAUGCCUGCGAAUGGGAGAAUCUCCGUUCGAUCUUCCACCCUGACGCAUACAUCUACACGACUUGGACGGGCCGCACAUUCUACCAGGACUUCAUCGCUUCCUCGCAGAAGGGAAUGGACAACGGUGCUUUUAUCAUGCAUCGUGUACAUGGCUCUACGACGGAUAUCACGCCCGACGGGACCCGCGCUGUCACGAAGAUGAAGGCUACGAUUACGCAGCGGUUCGUCAUCGAGGGAUGCGAGGUCGAUGCGGAGGCGGACUGUCGGUUUUGCUUUUUUUGGGAGAAGAUGUCUGAGUCGGGAGAAUGGAGGGCCAGGUUUGUGAGGCACUGGUAUGAGAAGGAUAAGUUGAUUCCAGCGAAUCCGGGGAAGGUUCCUGUGCUGGACGAGGAGCUGUUAGAACAGUACCCAAGUGGGUAUCGGUAUCUUGCGUACUGUCAGGAGAAGACGAUGGGGGUAAAGGUAUUGUUGGAUAUGCCGGGGCCUCGGAGGGAUGGUGACAGCAUUAAUGGGCAGAAGCAUGACAUGUUGUAUUGGCAGUGCAAGAAGUGGUUGGAUGGGGAGGUUGUGGAGAUUUGA